ACCCCCUGCUGUCCAUCAAUUAGUCAUGCCUGGGAGGGGCUGGUUUCACUGGUUCCUCAAGUGAUGUUCCUGAAUUCCUAUUGAUGUGUGAAAAGGGGGUAUAAAAGGACCAUAUGAUUAACUGUAGUUUAUUGGCACAGGCAGAAACAGAACUGCUGCAGAGCGAGCCAUGUGGAUAAGAGGUGAAGCCCCUAUGGAUCCAGAAAUUUCCAUCCUUUACUGCAGCCCUUUUCCUGAAGGGCUCCCCCAGCGGAGAGUCCAAGCCCAACUAUCGCCUCACUAUCAACGUCGCCGGCUGCCUCCACCUUUGGAGGAUCAGAUUCUACUGGAAUGGGAGGAGCGCAAACGCAAGCAGCCAUGGGUCUUCAAUGGAGCCAAAUUUAGGCUUCAUUCUGUAAAGGCGGACUUGAAUCAAAGAGAGAAGAUCAACAGGGAGAACACACUUGGAGAAAUAGGAGACCACAUAAGGCAAGAGGCUGAUAUGGAUGAGCAGGGUGGACUAACUCUAUAUCUUGCCCUUACCUCAUACAGAGACUUCUUGGGCACCAAUUGGUCAGGGAAUGCAAAGGCAUUGCAGGAGAGAGGUGGGAAGGAACAUGGAGACCCGGAGGCUUACCUAGCCCAGCCACUGGGAGUAGGGGCUGCUUUGCAAUGCAGUGAUGGGCGAUUUGUGCUGCUGAGGAGGAGCAACAGGGUUGGAGAAGCACCAGGACAGCUUGAUAUUCCAGGAGGACAUCCUGAGCCAAAGGCUGUCGCCCCCAACAUCCCAGAAGAUGAACUAUCCCUUGAUGUUCUGAAGCCAGAACUGGUCAUUACAGAACUGUUCUCUUCCAUCCUUGCUGAGAUACGGGAUGAGGUUAAUUUACCCUUGUGGAGCCUGAGUGAACCAUUGCUACUUGGCAUUGCUCGUAACCACACCAGUGCCGGACGUCCUAGCGCUGAAUUCUAUGUCAGAUGUAGUUUCAGUUCUGAAGAGGUAAGGGAAAGGUACCUGCAAGGAGGUCCUGAGGCAAGCGAAUCUACUGACAUUAUGUUUAUAGACAGAGAGGAAAUGUUGUCCCUUGAAACGUCAGAGUUGUGGAAGGAACUGUGUCCAUCAGCCAAGGGAUGUGUGAAACUUUAUCUGCUGGUACGGGAACAACAAUCCUGACACACAUUCCUGCAAACUAUUUAAAUUAAAUUAAUCUUUAGAUUACAAAAUCUGUAUAUAUAUUUUUAAAAUAAAUUCAUUUUCAGUAAA